CGGGUCGGCGCGGGCGCGAGCCUGUGCGUGCUGGGCUUUCAGUGGGAGGAGCUAACUGACGGUGCUGAGCAGCAAUAAGAUAACGCCGUGAGCGGAGGGUGGCUGAAAGUGAUGGUUACUUUUUAAUUACUGAGAACAGAAGAUUAAGAAAAAGAAAAUCACUGUAUAUUUAUUAGAGGAGUGAUCAUGACCUCCAGCGGGGAACCUUCUAGCGGACGUUUUUCUUGCCCUUUCCCAAUGUCUACACUACUGCAUCCCACCGACGAACCAUAAGCGUCCUGCACUCAAACGCUUGCACGCUGAAAGGACCUGAUUUGCUCAUGCUGGUUUGGCUGGACUGUUGUACUUCCUACCAUGAAGAGGCCCAAGCAACAGUCUCAGCCCUUUAGCUUCCUCAGCUUCUUCAGCCGCAAGCCCAAAUCAGACCCCAAGAAUGAGAAACCCGCCACUCCGAGCCGAGAUGAGGUGGCCAUUACGUUAACUCCUAAUGAGCCAGAGCAUGGAGAGCAAGAUCCAAACCUCGGUGAGAGAGAUGGUGGAGGAGAUAGUGGUGAAGGAGGUUUGGUGAAGGGCGAAGCAGCCGGGGGCGAGCAGCAAGCAGCAGAGUGCGGCAGCAGCGGCUCCACAGGGGUCCUGUCUCUGUCUUCAUCCAGCCAGGAGCAGCUGCUAGAGCACUUGGUGGAGUGUCCCCUGUGCCUGCUGAGCCAGCCCCGCGGUCACUUCCCCCGCCUGUCCUCCUGCCCACACCGUGCCUGUGCCGACUGCUUGCGACAGUACCUGCGCAUCGAGAUCUCAGAGAGCCGCGUUGGCAUCGCCUGCCCGCAGUGCCCUGAGGCGCUGGCCCCGCCGGACGUCCGUGCCAUCCUGGACGACGGCGCCCUGCUGGAGCGCUUUGAGGAGUUCCAGCUGCGCCGCUUCCUGGCUGCUGACCCCGACACGCGCUGGUGCCCAGCGCCGGACUGCAGUUAUGCAGUGAUAGCCUACGGCUGUGCGGAGUGUCCUAAGCUGAGCUGUGGCCGAGAGGGCUGUGACACUGAGUUCUGCUACCACUGCCGUCAGCUCUGGCACCCUGACCAGACCUGUGACCAGGCCAGGCGGCAGCGUGCCCGUCACACCUCGGGGGCAAAUGACGCAUCCACACUGUACGUCUUCAGCGAGGAGCCUGGCGGAGAUGCGGAGGAGAUUAAAGCAUGUCCGCGUUGUGGUGCCUAUAUCAUGAAGACCAAUGAUGGCAGCUGCAAUAGGAUGAACUGCACGGUGUGUGCGUGUCAGUUCUGCUGGCUGUGUAUGCAGGAGAUCACAGACGUGCACUACCUCAGUCCCUCAGGCUGCACUUUUUGGGGAAAGAAGCCGUGGUCACAGACGCGGAAGGUCCUGUGGCAGGUGGGCAUGCUGCUGGGGGCUCCAGUAGUGAUCUCACUCAUUGCAGGCAUCGCCAUACCAGUCAUCAUUGUGGGCAUCCCAAUUUACAUGGGCCGCAAGGUCCACAGUCGCUGUAAGAAAAACAAUAUCUCAGGAAGUAAACAUUACUUGACAGUGGCCAGCGGGGUCAUGACAUCAGUGUUUGUCUCUCCAGUCAUAGCAGCCACUACUGUGGCGGUCGGAGUGCCUCUGAUGUUGACAUAUGUUUACGGUGUGGUUCCUAUGUCUCUGUGUCGGAACGGCUGGUGCAGGCCUCAGGCCGAACCCCCUGAAACACGCAAGAUCCAGCUGGAGGACCUGGCCACUUAUCUUUUGUUUUCUCAUGUAGUCAGUGAUCACUGGACUGGAGAGCCCAAGCCAGCUCUGAACGAUGCCUCUGUCCAGGAAGUGAGUGUUAGCGUGGAAGAAGUGGCAGCGUUCCCGAGUACCAGCGCUGUCCUGUCGCAACCUGAGGACUCCUCUGAUCCACCUGAUGAUGGACAGGCGGACAGCGCUGAGCAGGAUGACCAGUCGGAUGAUGUUGAUGCAGUUGAGCAGGGUGCCUUCAGCGGCACACAGACUACUUUUGCCUUGAGGGAGGGGACCAACAUUGAGGUGCGGGUGGAGAUCGAGGCUCAGCCGCGGAGAGGCCGUCAGCCCAGCCUCAGCAGCGUCCUCUCUAGCAGGAGCCUGUCAGCAGAAUCCCUGCAUCACUCGCACGAACCUCUCUGUGCCUCACAACAGCUAAAGAGCGGAGACCCCCCGCCACUCACUGAGACGGACAACGUCUGAGCCACAGCCAGGCCACACCCGCUUCCACCGCCCACUGCACCGCCCACCAGCCGCUUCUAGCCUCUGCCUCCUAAUGCAGAGUCAGCGACAUGGAGACGAAUGGAGUGAGAGAGCAGGAGAAUGAGAGAGACACCAAGAGAGAAAGAGUUUAGAAUAAGGAAAGAGGGCAUGGAGACGAAUGUCCAGGGCAGCUGCCCAAAAAAUGCCACGAAGAGGAUUACUGACUAUAAUAGUGUCUAAAAUGACAGAGAGCAUGUUUGUCAACUAGUCCCAUGGGUGUUAGCUCUUCUUUUUUUACACUGUGUUGCAGUGAAGAGGUUGCCUACCCGGAUGGUGUUCUGUUUAAUUUAUUUGUUUAGCCCUUCUUAUAGCUACAAUAUAUACCCUUGUACUUAGCAGCUAUUUGAUUUCACCCCCCCCUCGAAUAACAAUAAAUUGAAGAAACGACCGCAUGAUUUCUUCUGCAAGGUUCUGUGGCCUAAUUUGAUUUGCAACCGUACACUGCCACGGUGUGGAAUCCAAUGCUUCCUUGGCUGGAGAUUAUAGUGCUUCAGGCUACAGUGCAACAGGGUAUCUAGGGCUUUCCCUUAUGGUGUUCAUUCACUUGAAUUAUGCAAGUUUUUACAUAACACCAGGCCACGUCCCAUUUUAAGUGAGAAGCAGUGGAAACAAUGGGAUAGAUUUAGCCCUCAUUCAUACUUCUCUACUGCUGUAAUCUCUUAAAACAAAGCUCCCUGUGUGUAGCAAUUAGCUAAUAAGCCCUGUAACUUUAUCAACGCAGUUAAAAAGAACUUGGCCAAAAUGUUUAUGAUCCGUAACUGUAUUCUCCUCAGUGUGUAAGACCACAAAUGGCUGACUGAUAUUUAUUUCAACAUGCAUUGUUUUAUGAUGUUUCUAGUGGGCCACCACUUCUCAAAUGACUGAUUGAACCAAGGAACUAGGUUCAACUUAGAUAACAGAACUACGUGGGCUCUUGUUUACACGGUGAGAUUGAUAUCUAUACAGUUGUAUGCAAAUGUUUGGGCACCAAAUUACAUGUUUUGUUAAUUUUCUAAAUGAAAAUGCAGCAAACUAUGUAAGGAAAUGAAACAAAUUCUGUAAAUGUUACUCCUCAGCUACUUUGUAUUUGACUUAAAAAAUACAAAACUAAUACUAAAGCUAUGAUCCCGGCCAA